AUGGGAGAACCUGGGGCACAACGAACUAGUUUGCCCGACAACUCCAACCCUGAUGCCAAGGCUGAGGGUGGCUCAGCGCAGGAGCCAGGUGAUGGUGGCCCGGCCCCUCAGAGCACCGUGUAUGAGAGCCGCUGGCUCCGGGACCCUGCCCGAGCAGAGCUAGGACUUGAUGACCCAGAGGAGGAGAUUCUCCCAGAAGAGAUGGCCAAGGACGAGAUCCCCGAGGUCCUGGACCCGGAAGAGGCUCUGGAACAAGACUUGGAGGAGGAGGUCAUUGAAAUAAGCCAGCUGUCUGUCACUGACAAGCCCCUCAGCACCUCCACAGUCGGGGGCAGGAGCAGGAGGAGGAGAAGGAGGAGUCAGCGGCUGCUGGAGCUGUCAAAGCCCAAGACCAACUGGCAAACCUUCAGGGACAGGAUGGGGUGCUGUUGUAAGGGCUAUGCCUGGAUUGCCCCACGCAAGACCAACUUGCAGUUCUGCCUGUAUUGGCCCUCUGUGUACUGGACCAAGCGCUUUCUUGAGGACACUACUCUGACCAUCACAGUGCCUGCGGUGUCGCACAGAGUGGAGGAGCUGGCGCGUCCCCGGAGGUUCUUCUCGGAGUACUACAACAACAACAGGACCACACCCAUCUGGCCCAUCCCACGGUCCACCCUGGAGUACCAACCAACUAAUCGGCUGAAGGAACUGGCUGUCCCGAAGGUUCGCAAUAACAUUUGGAACAUGAAUAUGUCCGAGGUGUCCCAGGUGUCCAGAGCAGCCCAGAUGGCAGUGCCUACCCCGCGGAUUGUACAGCUGUCGAAGCCCAAGGUCCCGGCCGCCCUGAUGGAAGAGUGGGACCCCAUGCCAAAACCCAAGCCCCACGUGUCCGAUUAUCACCGCCUCCUUCAGCUGGCCAUGCCCAAGGCCCAGUCGGACCAGUGUGUUCCUGACCGCAGUCCUCGUUGGGAGGUGCUGGAUGUCACCAAGAAGGCGGUGGCCAGCCCACGGAUUAUCUCCCUAGCCCAACCCAAAGUGCGCAAGGACCUCAAUGAGGGCUAUGACAGGCAUCCCCACGCCUCUACGAGCUUGCCACACCCAAAAGCAUCACCAAGAAAAUGUGACCACUGGGCCCGUCCUCCAGCCUAG